GAGGUGAAACCACAAAAAGGAAGUCUAACGUUUGUCAACAUGUCCAUCCAGAGGUGCGUUUUAAAAGCCACAGAAAGGUGCACGAAGACAGAGACGGAAUGCUUCGAAAAUUCAAUUUGAGUUUACUGGAUUAUCAAGGGCGAAGAUGAGCCAAAAUCCGGCGAGUGGAGGGGAGGAGGCAUGUGAUCUGAUGUGUUGUUGAAAACGAGCUCCUCUUUGGUCUCUGCUACAUCAGAGAUACCUGUUCAGGGCUGGAACCAUGGAGUCCUCCUCUGAUGAAGAGGAGGUGCACACCUUCAUACAAGUCAUCAGUGAGAAGUACAACCCAGAGAAUUUCCCCUAUGGCCAGGGAGUAGUGGUUCUGCCCAGCCCUCCAGGAUCCCCGGUCAAGGAUCGCCUCUUCUUGCCCAGUAUCCUGGUUCUGAAUCACUGUGGAAUCAGUAAAGCGGGUGACAAGUCCGACAUUGCAGCUUUCUGUGCCCAUGUGGUAGAGCUGGACCUGUCCCACAAUCAGCUUAAUGACUGGGGAGAGAUCUGCACCAUUGUUUCCAACAUCCCACACCUGGACUUCCUCAAUCUCAGCAUGAACCCUCUGAGCGGCGUGGAACUGGAGCCGAGCAUGGCUGAUAUUUUCUCCAGGGUGCGACGGCUCGUCCUAAUUAACACACACGUCAGCUGGGACACGGUGCACACGCUCACACGACACACACCGGAGCUUGAGGAGCUUUUCCUGUGCCUGAACGGCUACAACACUGUGUCAGAAUCCCAGACGUCCUGUCCGUCACUACGCCUGCUGCAGAUUACAGACAACCAGCUGCAGGAGUGGGCCGAAGUGAGGAAGUUUGGUUUGAUGUACCCGAGUCUGAGUGCACUGGUGCUGGCCAAUAACAAUGUGGACUCUGUGGGAGACACUCAGGAAACGCUGCAGCGCCUCUUCCCCAACCUGCGCAGCAUCAACCUCAACAACUCAGGGCUUAGUAAAUGGGAGGACAUUGAAAGGCUGAAUUACUUUCCCAAGCUGGAGGAAGUCAAAGCAAAGGGGAUUCCUUUAUUGCAGCCUUACACCACCCAUGAGAGACGCAGCCUCCUUUUAGCCCAGCUGCCAUCUGUAGUGGUGUUGAAUGGGGGUGCAGUGUCUAAUGGAGAGAGAGAGGAUGCUGAGAGGUUCUUCAUCAGGUACUACCAGGACUGCCCCGAACAGGAGCUUCCUCAGAGGUACCACAUCCUUGUGUCCAAGUACGGACACCUGGCCCCGCUGGCGGAGGUGGACCUGAGCCCCCGCUGCACCAUGGUGGAUGUUCGUUUUGGGGAGAGAGUGGAGGCGGUCAGCCUCCGCCUGGAGCAGACAGUGGGCGAUUUGAAGAAGCACCUCAGAGCUCUGCUGCAGCUGCCCACCAACGGGAUCAGGCUUUUCUACAUCAACAGGGAGAUGUGCUCAGUCGUGGGACCUGAGGAGUUGAAGUGCGGCUGCCGGGCUCUCCACUCUUACAGCAUUCGAGAUGGGGAUGAGAUUCUAGUCGUGCCCAAGGUCAAAAGCCGCUGCAGCUCCUCAGAUCUUUGAGUCUGGUUUCAAGUGAAUGGGUUUUUAGGGGUUUUAGAUAAUGGACAUUUACUGGAUACUAAGCUUUGACUUGAGCCUUUUUUUUUUUUUUUUUAGAUUAAAAAGGGUGAUAUUUUUCAGCUUUGAAUGUAAAGAUGUUUGCUGUCCACCAUAUUGAACAAAUUUAUACAAUAGUAUAUUUGCACAUAUUAGUUCCAUGUUCACAAAGGUUAUAACUUGAGUGCACAUCACAAAGUUUUAUGCUUAAAGCUUCUGCUUAGCUUGAACUAAAACAACAGUUUACAUCUCGUUUAUGAAAAAUAUGCAAAUCCAGAUGUGUUGCAAGACUUUUUCUGAAAGAAAAAAACGCUGCCAUAAUCACAAUUGAACGCACAAAUUGCACAUAGAUUUUAAAACUAAACCACUUUAUAAUUGGUGUUUGUCUAAUUAAAGCUAAGAUUUUAGGAUAGAAAACCCCCGUUUGUUUGCCUGACUUGCUGGUGACACUGCUGCACUGUGCAUGGCAUUUUUGUGUAUUUAUGAGUAGUUAAAAAUAUUUCAAUUAGGUUGCAAAAAAAAAUUAUUGAGAAUCAUGUUGAGAUGAAAAUUUGAUUUUAAAAAUACCAGCCGCUGCAUAUAGGUUCUGUAGUUUCACUGUUCAUUGUGUUUUUGUAAUGACUUGGCUGGCUUUUCUGCACCAUAAUCAGCAGCUCAUGUCUUCUCUCCAGUUUUCUGUUCACUUGCUGUUGGUUGAGGAUUAGGCCUGUUUACUGUAAACUGUGUGAGCAGCAUCCUCUGGCAGAAGUGAACAGUGCCAUGUUUUUUAUGCCUGGGAGUUUACAGUUUGAGUGAAAACUCAUUCUAAACCAAUCUACUCCUUAGAAGCCAACACAAUGGCAAACAAUGAACCGUAAUGAUUGCAGUGCAUCUGAAUUCACUAAAUACUUGACCCGUCAAUCCACAGAUGUUGUUAUUGCCAAGAAUUUGCAAGUAAGGUACAGUUCCUUUGCAUUACAUACAGAUAAAUAUAAUGUGGGUGCAUUUUUUAGAUAUCUUGAUCAUGACAGGCUCAAGGAGGCUCUGUUUUUCUGACCUUUAUUCAAGCAGAGUAGGUUUACUGAUGAGAAACACAAUUGUGUGUAUGAGUAACAGAUCACUCUUUGCUUCUCCCUGACCAGUCUGUUUCACAUGACUGUGGUUAAAUAUCCUGGGAUAACCCCCAAGCUGAUGCACAAACACAGUGUGUUGGGGAUAACAUAGAGCACAUGGCUGCUGCUCAGCCGAGGCGCCCUGACAGAAAGACGAGACAAGUCUGAGGUGAGCUUGGGUCUGGGACAGAGAAAAGAAGGAGUCUUGAUGCUCAAGUUACUGCAGGUCUUCUGGCCGUCCAGACCAUGAAUGGAGCAGCUCUCCCUCCCCUGCAGAGGCAGCUGACAAACGUUGGGGCCCAGUCUGUAUGGUAACCACACACCAGCCGCUGUGUCACGGACACUUCCGCUGUAUUUAGGUUAGAAUGGGUUCACCCAACAGGCUCGCACCCCUCACCCAUUCACCUCAAUCUGUUCUUUACAUCCGCCUCACAAACCUGACACUCGGGGUGUCUGCUGUUUCACAGGAUGUGAGGUUGUGAACCUUUGCAUUGGCUCACUUUGGUGGAAAAUGGAAAAGGAAAAGGUAUGCUCAAAACUCUACAGCGGUGUAGGAAAUCAACGUGGGCAGUUUUCUUAAAUGACCAAGUGCAAGUUUGGUUUUGUGCAACCCAGAGAAGCGUGUUCCAGCCUUAAGCAGCUGUGCGACUGAAAAGUGACGCUGAUAUUGUUAUUAAUUUUCUUUCUGAUGUACAUGAGUAUGGGAAACAAGUUUAUACACUGACUCCGAUGUUUGGCUGUGUGUGCCAGACGCUGAGACAUCUUCUUGUCCACCUUUUCAUUUCUAAUCAUUGAGUUCUCCAAUAUUCUUCUUUUUUCUUUUAAAGUAUUGGUUGUCCUGGUUGAUAUACAACAGUAAAAUGGUGGUUAGUGCUGUUGUGCUUGCUGUAGUUGUUCUUGUUGUGAUGUGAAAUGCAGAUCUGUCAUCUGCUGGAGCGCGGUCACACCGGAAAGUCUCUGGAACUUGCUUUAUUAUCACUUCUUGAGCUGUGACCAUGACAAAGUGGGUUCCUAAAGGAGCUGGACUAUAUUGCUUGAUGUACAUUUAUAUAAGAAAUUGCAAAUACUGACAAACCAUGAGCAUUUACAAGAAGGCUGUAAAGCUUCAUUCGAAGAGGCUCUCUGGUUUUCUCCAGCAGUCCAAAGACAGGUCAGGUUGAUGAAUGAAAUGUAUGAUGUUAGAGUCUCUGUACCUUUUGCUCAAUGCAUGCAAUGUUCUAUCAAUGUUCUUACCCUAUAAAGCUCCAACAUGUCUUUAUGUGAGCUUUACAACUUCAACAUGAGAUGCAUUUGUUUGUGAAGAGUAAAGUGUUGUGAGACUUUAAAUGCAGAGAAGUUUAUGUUUAGAAGCCGCUGGGUGAAGCUGUCAGCUGCCAGGAUAAAAUGUUUCUCUUGAACACUUUUAUACCAGUUUUACCUUCAAGUGAAGCAAAUGAAGUUUUGCCUUGUGUUACCAAAACCAUGUGAAAAAUGUGUUGAGGUGCUGUGAUCCUGUUUCAGCCCUUAAGUGCUGUUCUGAUCGUUCCUCUGACACAAACUUUGUUUGUGUAGUAGAUAACUGGAGAUGUUUUGUUUGUUUUCUGUCUUGACUCACUUGCAUUAUACUAUAUUAUUACAGAGUGGAUACAUGGGAAGUAACGGGGUGAGCGUGAAGCGCUUUGUAUCUGAAGUGGAUCGCUGUGUUGGUUUGCAUGUUCUGAUAUUUCUUGAUUGUGUUUGAUUUAAAAAUGUGUGUGAGAUGUGUCAUUUCAGGGAUACAAAGUUGUUUAUGGGCAUUUGUAAUUUUCACAUUUUAAUACUAUUGUUGCUCCUGUCACCCUCACCUUCAUCCUUCAGUAAUACCAAAUAUAAAGAUUAUUAUUAUAAAUUCUAUAAGAUAGUUGCUAAUCUGUAAUACAGCUUGCCUUGUGCUGUUUAGUAAUACGGUGUUUAAUUUAUAUCACAUUUUCUUUCUAGUUUCUUUUAUGUGUAUCUUGACCUUUUCAGUGGUAAGGUCUUGUGUGUUUUCUUGAGAUCAUAAUGCCAUUUCUUCACCUGUACUGUAUAAUGGUGCUUUCACUUCUCUUAAAGAAAUAAAUUAUAAUUAUUCCAGCUUA